CACGAUUUCAAUUUCUCCAUUCUAUUUGCCAUGAAAAUGCAUUGUUUUGCACGAUCGAGGGUCUGAUUGUGAUGAUGAACGGCGUUAAAACUCUGGAAUUGCCUCCUCCCACGGCCCCUCCCAAGAAGAGGCUUUAUCAACUUUGGAAGGGUCGAAAUAAGUUCCUUUGUGGUGGGAGAUUGGUCUUUGGUCCAGAUGGAGCCUCGAUGAUUUUAUCAACUUCUCUAAUAGCGGCCCCUGCAUUAGUGUUUUGUUUCAAAAUGCUCCAUAGGAUUUCUGAAGUAGAUCCAUUACGUGUCCGUGUUGUUCCAACUGUUGGGUUCAUCCUCACAAUGUUGGAUUUGAACUUUCUCUUCCUUACAUCAUCUAGCAAUCCAGGAAUAGUCCCUAGGAACUCGAGACCCCCUGAGGAUGAGGGUAGUACAAAGUCGAUGGAUUGGGUUAACAAUUCAUACGGUGACAUAAAAAUGCCAAAGACAAAGGACGUACUUGUCAACGGCCAUUCAGUUAAAGUGAAGUUCUGUGACACAUGUUUGCUAUAUCGUCCACCACGCGCCUCUCACUGUUCAAUUUGCAACAACUGUGUUCAGAGGUUUGAUCAUCAUUGUCCAUGGGUUGGUCAAUGUAUCGGGGCGCGUAACUAUAGGUGCUUCAUCCUGUUCAUAACAACAUCAACAAUCUUGUGCACAUAUGUUUUCACAUUUUCAUUGUUGAACCUCCUUCAACAGCCAGGUGGCAGCACAUGGAGUAAGAUGUCAAGUGAUAUGGUCUCAUUUACUUUAAUCAUUUACUGCUUUGUCGCUGUCUGGUUCGUUGGUGGCCUAAGUGUUUUACACUUUUACCUUAUCUGUACUAAUCAGACAACUUAUGAAAACUUUCGUUACCGGUAUGAUAAGAAGGAAAAUCCAUAUAACCGGGGGAUCAUGAAUAACCUAAAGGAAAUUCUUUUCUCAAGGACAACACCAGCAUUGGUCAAUUUCCGAGAGUGGGGGAUUGAAGAUGAAGAUUCGGUGAUGAGCAGCUCCUUCAGUCAUAAAUUUGGUGGAAUAAACUCGCGGGGAAAAUUUGACCUGGAAGUAGGAAUACUUAGGAAGGAUGAUAUCUUCCAAAGUUUGGAUUAUAAAGGAGUUGAUCAAAAGGAAAAGAGUGCCGGUUUCUUUGUAUUUGAUCCUUUUCUGUAUUCCGCUUCCACAGAUGAUACGAAAGGUACUCAAAAGGGUAAUGUGGAAGGUGGCAAAACUGAGGAAGCUGCUAUCUUCAACAGAUCUUCAUCAAAAACUCAACAGUCUCUCCUAAAUAAAGAGGCCCUUGUUGCUGGAGUGGAAUGAGUGUUCAUCAGCUAUGGAUCUGGAAUUAGCAAUGCCCCAAUUGCACAAUGGGAAUGUGAACAAAAUGAUGAUUCCUUGUAAGAUAUUAGUUGAAAAUCCUCCUCUUUUUUAAAGAAAAAAAAACCAUUUUGUUCUUUCUCAUCCAUGAUCCAUCAUGUAAUUGUUAUGAGUAAUCUUUGAGCUCUGAACUUGAAGUUUCCUUGAGUUUUUUUGGAUGGGGUAUAAAUGAGAGUAAAGCUUCGUUUGGGAA